UGGACAAUUAGCGAAUAUUUAGCGAUGAGUCUCGCUGAAGUCAGGAUAGUCAGUUGAGUGGCAGCGUUCGAGGGAAUAUGUCCUUAGUGCGUCGAAGCACCCUUCGUCACGAAACCAGGAGUCUGCUGUCUGAAUAUAGCGACAGCAGUACCAUUCACGGGGUCAAAUAUCUUGGGGGCCCCAGGCGCCGGUGGCCAGAACGUCUCUGGUGGCUUCUGGCUUUUGGGGCAUCAUUGUACACUUGUGGAGCGCUCAUCCUCAACACUUACCGAAAGUGGUCCACGGAUCCUGUGCUAGUGAGCUUCUCGCAGACCCCAACACCACUUUGGCGUAUUCCAUUUCCCAGUGUUACAAUUUGUCCAUUGAACAUGGUUCGCCAAAGUGUCUUCAAUUUUACUGAUGUUCUCACGCGCCUUGAGGAUGAUCCCAAAACCAAUCUUACAGACAAGGAUGUCCAACAAUUAAGGACUCUCUCUCUGAUAUGUUACGAUUACAACUUGGUACAUUUAAGGAAAAUUCCAGGAUUUUGGACUAACGCUACCGAAGACUACUGCUUUCAACUGAUGGCUCAAGUUGUUUCGUCAGAAGAAAAUCUCUUUGAUAUGUUUUCCUGGAAGGGGUCAAAUAAAACCUACCUCAGUGCUAUUGUAACUGAAGCUGGUUUAUGCUUUGCUUUCAACAUGAUGACAAAUUCUAAAAUCUUCCGAGAUAACGUUCUCUACUUUUCCAAGCCCAAUGCCAAUAUGGCAAAUAUCAAUGAAUUGGACUGGACGCCAGAAAAGGGAUUUCCAAAGGAUACAGGUCUUGAUCAAUUUCCAUUUCGUUUCGUUAAUGGCGGAACAGGCAAUUCUCUAGAAUUGGCCCUUACAACAAAUCCUAAGGACUAUGAUUUUCUCUGUGAAGGACCUUUUCAAGGCUACAACGUCUUAAUCAACACUCCUGUUGAGGUUCCUUCCAUCAAUGGUGGCUACGUCCGUGUACCUUCAAACCAAGAGACCUUAAUCAUGCUUAAGCCUCACUUGAUUUAUACUUCCAAUGCUCUGAGAUCAUAUGAGCCUACAGGCAGACAAUGCUACUACGAAAGCGAACGAUACCUUCGCUUCUUCAGAGUCUACACUCAACUCAAUUGCGAAAUGGAGUGCGUGACCAACUACACGCUUGAAAAGUGCGGUUGUACUGCCUUUCACUUGCCACGACUUCCUGGGACUGAAAUCUGCGGCCCAGCAAAAAUCCAAUGCUAUCGCGAAGCAGUUGAGGAUCUUAAUAAUGUUGCGGUUGAUGGAGUGAAAGAUUUAGAAGCGGACGAAGAGACACCCAUCUGCAAUUGUUUGCCAUCCUGCACUUAUCUAACCUACGACUCUGAGAUAUCCUACGGAGACGUAAGCUUUAAAGGUCACCAUAGAUCGAACACUUACUUUGCUAGUGGAACCAAGGAAAACGUCUCCUAUGCAUAUAUCAUGCUUUUCUUUAAGGAAGACCAAUUUAUCUCACUAAGACGUGGCGAAUUGUUCGGAAAGACAGACUUUGUGGCUAACUGUGGGGGUCUUCUCGGACUCUUUAUGGGUGUAUCCAUCCUCAGUAUCGUCGAGAUUGUUUAUUUUUGCACAAUUCGUCUUCUUUAUCGUCUCAAAGAUCAUCGUGAUAUCACAGCAGAAGCAACAUGAUAGCCAAUCUAUAUUCAGAGUCAAGUGCAAGUGAAUGAUAUACAGUUCCUAGAAAUCUCAAUGUGAUUAGAUCUCCUCAACAUGUUAUCACUUUUAUUGCUAAAAACGUGCACUUGAUGUAUUUUUUUCUUAACUGCUUUACGUCAUUGAGAUCUUUUCAGUGAUGUGAAAUCGUGCCGGAAGAGUAUUCUCAGAUAAUUUUGGCUUACCAUAAAAAUAUUUUCUCUGAAAUCACAUGUUUGAUAACAGCUCCAUUCAUAAAUCAGGUCGUUUGUUGUAAAUUUUCAAAGAGUUAAUUGGUUUUAAUAAAUAAAGAUAUUUUUGGGGCUCAUA